AUGGCCGACUCUGCUCCCACCAUUGCCUCCUCUCUAAUUCACAACUACGGCAACUCAGACACCGUCAGGACCGCGAUUUUCGCCGCCUUCUCCGCCGUAGCCUGGUACAAUGCCAUCGAACUCAUAGUCCUCUGCUUCGUCUCCUUCAAACGCUGGAAUGGGACAUACUUCUGGAGUUUGCUCGUCGCCUCCUCGUCGAUCGUCCCCCAUUGCCUGGGCUAUAUUCUCCUAUUCUUCCCCACCGGCGUGACACCAUGGGUAUGCGUCACUCUCAUCCUCCUCAGCUGGGUGGCCAUGGUAACGGGCCAAUCGAUGGUCCUCUGGUCGCGACUGCAUCUAGUCCUACAAAAUACAAAAAUCUUAUACGGGGUACGGUGGAUGAUCGGCAUCGACGCGGUGCUAUUCCACGUCCCCACCGCCGUGGUCUUAUACGGGUCUGUCGCGGAACCAACAGGGAAAUGGGCGCGCGGAUAUGAUAUCAUGGAACGAAUCCAACUAGUCGGCUUCUGUAUCCAGGAGUUGAUCAUUUCCAGCAUUUACGUCUGGGAGACUAUUAAAUUGCUUCGAUUACGACCUGAAGGCCGUCCGCAGGGAGUCCUGAACCAGCUCCUCGUCAUCAAUAUUGUCAUUCUGUUGCUCGAUGUUGCUGUCGUCGUCAUUGAAUAUGUCGGAUACUAUGCGGUCCAGGUCAUGGUCAAGCCGGUCGUGUACAGCAUCAAGUUGAAAUUGGAAUACGCCAUCCUUGGGAAAUUGGUCACGGUUGCGAGGGGUGGCUGUGAUAGCCAGGAGUUGCCUUCCAGCGCGCGGGAGAUUAAUGAGGUCAGCUCGUUCCCUGAAUGGAAUGCUUCGACGUUUGGGUCAAGACGGACGAGUCAUCGGCAAUAUAGUGCGCCUUGGUUUUGGGAAGAUCAUCCCUCGCCACAUGCUGCUUCUACAUCUUCUGGGGUGUUGCAAGCUCCAUGA